UAAUAUAGGUUCAGGUCAGACUGAAAUUGAUGUUGUGUGGUUAAAAGCCAAUGCUGUACAAAUUGAACAUAUUAAACCGCAAGUUGAUAUUUAUCAUCUACUAAGUGGUCGUGCUAUUAUUUUACUUGUUGAUGGUCGUGUUAUUAAUCUUUAUAAAUAA